AAGGGCAGCAGCUAAGUUCAUCUUCUCGUAAUCAGCGAUGCCGUCACAAAUACAGUUUUGACAGUUUUCCAAAAGUUAAAAAACUCCCGUCCCACCACUGUUCCCUCGAAAGUACUGUAAAUAAACACCGUGUAAGAUUAUUAAAUCCUAACUCUAGCCUAGUUGAAUUACAUGAGUCCUACCCUACUUUACCUUCAUCCAGCGAAUGCGUCGCUUACUGGAUGGAAAGAGAUCAGCGUGUGGGCGAUAAUCACGCUCUUUUGUAUGCAAGUGAACUUUCACACAAUUAUAACUUGCCGCUGCAAGUGUUUUACUUUUACCCAAACUCCUUUCGGUUUCGUACCGCAAGAUAUGAACUUUUUCUGCUUAAAGGUCUUGCUGAAGUUGACUGGCGGCUUAAGCAACUUAACAUUCCGUUUCAUUUCAUCCGAGGAUCCCUUGAAGACGAAGUUGUUAACUUCGCUCAGGCCGAAAAAUUGGGGUGUGCCGUGGUAGAUUUUUCUCCGCUAAAAGAAAAGCGCGAGUGGCGCCUAAAAGUUUCACAAGCUUUGAGUAGAUUGAAUGUUUCUUUAGUGGAGGUGGAUGCCCAUAACAUUGUUCCCUGUUGGACUGCCAGCGACAAACAAGAGUACAGCGCCAGGACUAUACGUUCUAAACUUUAUCGUCAUCUUAACGAAUUUGCGCGGGAAUUACCACCAAUUUCAGUUCAGGCUGCAAAUUUAUAUGAAAAAGUUAAAAAAAAAGAUUCUAUAAACUGGAUAGAGAUUAUUGAGAGUGCCUCUAUGGACCAAACAGUGGCGGAAGUCACAUGGGCUUUGCCAGGAGAAGCCGCGGCCAUGGAAGCCUUAGAAGAUUUUUUAUUAAAAAUAAACCCGAGAGUUUGUUAUUACGCGGGAAAAAAAAAUGAUCCUAACGCCAAAGUGAUAAGCAACUUAAGUCCUUAUUUUAACUUUGGGAUGCUCUCGCCUUUACGUAGUUUGCUUGUUGCUCAAGGCGCAGCUCAUUUGAAAGGAAGGGAAAAUAUUAAUGCGUUUAUUGAAGAGUCGUUUGUCAGAAGAGAACUUUCCGAUAACUUUUGUUAUUAUAACCAUAACUAUGAUAAUAUAAACGGCGCACCUUCCUGGGCACAAGCCACGCUUCGGGCCCACCAGGAUGAUAAGCGAGUAAAAUUAUACUCUAAAAAUCAACUGGAAAAAGGAAAAACUUACGACGAUUUGUGGAACGCUUCACAGUUGCAGUUGGUCUACGAUGGAAAAUUGCACGGCUUUCUACGAAUGUAUUGGGCAAAAAAGAUUCUCGAAUGGACCACCUGUGCUACCGAGGCGCUCAGUAUAGCUAUUUAUCUAAAUGAUAAAUACAACUUGGACGGGAACGAUCCCAACGGCUAUGUGGGUUGCAUGUGGUCCAUCUGCGGCGUGCACGAUCAGGGCUGGAAAGAACGUCCGGUUUUUGGAAAAAUUCGGUACAUGAAUUACAAAGGUUGCCAGCGUAAGUUUGAUGUCCGUCAGUUUGUGGAACAAUACCCAGAAGCCGUUGAAGAGUGUAAAAACGCUGGAGGGAAGUCUUGCGUUUCUUAAAAGAAAAAAUAUUAUAACAAUUCAUACUUAGUUGUUUAAAUUUCUAUGUACUUAUAACCACUAUGGAUUUCUUUACUUUCCUAUUUUACUUUUAAUGCAAAGGAGACUGUUUACAUC